UUCGCCCCAGUCGUAUGUACUUAAGUGUACCUAAGAUAUUGACUUCAAGAAAUCGAAAUCUUACCUAUCGCAAUGUUAGUCUUGGAGAUUUAUUGGCAAUAAAAUAUUUGCACACUGGGGUGGCCCGUAGUUACCCAACUCCUGGAUUGCAACUGAGCAUCCAGCAGCUUCAAUGGACAUUACAAGCACAUUAUCGCUUAACUCUGCUAGUUAUAAUUAAGGGCGCCUAAUCCAGGCCUACCUCUCUUCCCCCUUUGAAAGCCUUUGAUAGCGAGGAAGAACCUCGAGGGCAUGAAAAAAAUAAUACCCCCGUGGAAAACGCUGCAAUAGCAAGAAAUUGUGGGUAAAGGCAUCUGUAUGACACGAACGUUGAUGUUGAGUAUGAUAAGGGGGAAAAGCGCUGACAAUGUCCUCCCUUACUAUUCCUUGAUACCCUCCACUAUUACACAUGGUCUCUCCGAACUCGAUUGCGCAAUGGGCAGAGGAGCUGUACAAGAUCUGCGCAGGUAUCAACAUCUACUAUUACUAAGAUAUAAACGAAGCUCUGUUGCAGACAAAGCACAGAGAAUCUCUACAAUAUUGGAUAAGAAAGCACCCUAUGUUCGAUGGGACACAACAACGCCGCCGAUGCAUCGUCGUUAAGCCCAUUCCUCCCCACACAGACUCGUAUUCUCGAGGUUGGGUUUAAGGGAAAAAUUACCUGGAGAGGUGUUCUAUCAAACCGCUGGACUAAAAGGAGG